AGACCUAUAAAACAAAAUGGCUAUCACAAGCUUGGACCCCGGACCAGGUGCUGCCGCUCUUCAGGCGUGGGGCGGUCAGAUGGCAGCCUACGGCAGCAAUGAAACCGUUGUCGACAAAGUACUUCCCGAAAUGCUGCACUUAAUUGACCCACAUUGGUAUCAAUUCCCACCCAUGAAUCCGCUGUGGCACGGUCUCCUCGGAUUCUUCAUGUGUGUAAUGGGUUUCAUCUCCGUCACAGGCAAUGGAAUGGUCGUUUACAUCUUCACAACCACAAAGAAUCUCAAAACGCCAUCUAACAUCCUCGUCGUUAACUUAGCGUUCUCGGACUUCCUCAUGAUGGCAAUGAUGGCACCCCCGAUGAUAAUCAACUGUUACAAUGAAACAUGGGUAUUCGGACCACUAGCGUGCCAACUAUAUGCUUGUGGCGGUUCGCUUUUCGGAUGCGUCUCCAUCUGGACCAUGACAGCGAUCGCUUUCGACCGAUACAAUGUGAUCGUAAAGGGCAUUGCCGCUAAACCUAUGACGAUCAACGGCGCUCUGCUUCGAGUCCUCGGCGUCUGGUUAUUCUCGCUAGCGUGGACUCUUGCGCCAUUAUUCGGAUGGGGCCGAUAUGUACCUGAGGGCAACAUGACCGCCUGCGGAACUGACUACUUCGACCAGUCCCUCAGCAACCGCAGCUACAUCGUCCUUUACGCGAUUGCCUGCUACUUCCUGCCUCUCGCCCUCAUCAUCUACUCCUACUUCUUCAUUGUUCAGGCUGUAGCAGCUCACGAGAAGGCCAUGAGGGAACAGGCCAAGAAAAUGAACGUUGCUUCUCUCAGGUCAUCGGAUGCAGCCAACACGAGCGCCGAGUGCAAAUUGGCUAAGGUUGCUUUAAUGACCAUUUCACUAUGGUUCAUGGCGUGGACUCCUUACCUUAUCAUCAACUUUGCUGGCAUUUUCCAAACUGCCACGAUCACGCCACUUGCCACUAUCUGGGGUUCUGUCUUCGCCAAGGCUAAUGCCGUCUAUAAUCCUAUUGUAUAUGGUAUCAGCCACCCGAAAUACCGCGCGGCAUUGUACGCGAGAUUCCCAGCCCUCGCGUGCCAGCCCUCGCCUGAAGAAAACGGCUCAGUAGCUUCCGCGGCCACCGCCACCGAGGAGAAACCUUCGGCGUGAACACUCCGACGACUAGACCGAUCUACCAGACAUUCCUACGGAAACUGAUUCUGCUAAUGCGAUUUUCUUUAUUAUUUUUAUACGUGAAAAUUUAUUGUACAAAGUUAACGAGCACAGAGCGCGAGCUCUAUAAAUUAUUCGGAUUUUAAUAUUUUAAGUUUGUUACCUACUCUAGCUUAUUUUGGGUUCGCGUUUUGUGCGUCUAUUUGAACAUUGCACACAUUUCUUACGCCUUCGCUUGUAUCAAUGGCCGGCGGCAUAAAAAAUACAAAAAAAAUAUAGAAAGGGAAUCAUGUCGCUAGGCCGCCGCGUGAACCACGAGACUGCUCCCAUUAGUAAUUAGGUGACGUAACGAAAUCUUAACGACGGCAAGAUGCAUUGUAUAUUGGACAAAUAAAGUUUAUGACUGGCAAAGUGGUUUAUGACCACAUAAA